CUCGGUGCCUCCUCGCCCCGGGUCCGCGGCGGGGGCAGGGGCGGGGGCUGCGCCGUCCCUGCGCUGCGGAGAGGUGGCCGAAGCGCUGGGCGCCCGCUUGCGCGCCCGGGACGCGCAGCAGCCGGGCCAUGAGCGCGGAGGAGAAGCGAGGCCUGCAAUGCUACCGGCGGCUCAUCGAGGGCAUCCUGAACCCCGUGUACAUCCUGGGCAACAUGACGGACUGGCUGGAGGAUGAGGUCAGGGAGAGGAUCCGGAAGGAGGAGGAGGAGAGAGGGGUGAGGGCGGCCGCCUCGCUCUUCCUCGACGCGAUCCUGCAGCUGCAGGCCCGGGGAUGGUUCAGGGGCUUCCUCAACGCGCUGGAGGCAGCAGGUUACUCUGGGCUGGCAGAAGCAAUUGAAAACUGGGACUUCAGUAAACUGGAAAAACUGGAGUUGUAUAGACAGCUGCUGAAGCGGAUAGAAGCAACAAUGAUAGAAGUUGAUCCAGUGGUGCUCAUGCCCCACAUAAACACAUGCCUGAUAAACAGGGAGUGUGAUGAGAUUCUGCAGAUUAGUGAACACAGGAGCAAACCAGCAGGCGUAACUAAACUCAUUGAAUGUCUCUGUCGAUCAGAUAAGGAAAACUGGCCAAAAAGCCUGCAGAUAGCACUAGACAAUACAAGAUAUUACCGCGCAAGUGAACUAUGGGAUAUGACGGAAGAUAAUAGCAAAGAUGCUGACAGAGAAAUGAUGGAGGUUUCUGAGGACAGCUUUGAAACUAGUAUAACAUAUUCUGAAGAAGGAGAAUGUGAUAAUAAUCUCAGUGAAAAUGUCUGUUCAGCUGCAGAAGUGAUUGACCAGUCUCCACCUAUUUAUGAACCAAAGAAGGCUCGAAUUUACCAGAUUGAGCUUGCACAGCCUGCUAUCAAUGGGAAAAAUACAAUAAUAAAUGCUCCUACUGGUUCCGGGAAAACCUUUGUGGCGCUUCAGAUCUGUGAAUACCAUCUCCAAAACAUGCCAGCAGGACGAAAGGGAAAGGUUGUCUUUCUAGCAACUAAAAUCCCAGUGUAUGAGCAACAGAGAACUGUGUUCAAGCAGCACUUUGAAAGAAGUAGUAGGUACUCCGUUGAAGGAAUCAGUGGUGAAACCAUUGCACGUGUCUCUGUAGCGAAGGUUAUACAGGACAGCGACAUCAUCAUACUGACCCCGCAGAUCCUCAUGAAUAGCUUUCAGGACGGGACCCUUAGCUCCCUCUCCAUUUUCACUCUGAUGAUAUUUGACGAGUGCCACAACACCAUGGGCAACCACCCUUACAACAUGAUAAUGACUAAGUAUCUGGAAGAAAAAUUUGACUCCUCUGCAAGUCAUCUGCCUCAGAUUGUAGGUUUAACUGCCUCCGUUGGAGUCGGUAGUGCCAAAAACACCAACGAGGUGAUAGGGCAUAUCUGCAUGCUGUGCUCCUACCUGGACAUACAGACCAUAUCCACCGUCAGAGAGAACAUACAGGAUCUGCAGAGCAUCGUAUACAAGCCAGAAACAUAUGUCAGGCACGUUGAAAUGCGACCUCAUAAUCGCUUUGUGGACAUUAUCUCAGGUUUGAUGAUUCAGACAGAGGCACUGAUGAGAACGAAUUACUCAGUGGACACUGUCUCCCAGAUUACCUGGAAUGAGUUUGGAACACAGAAAUAUGAACACUGGAUAGUUAAAACUCAGAAGAAAUACAGACUGUUGCAACUAGAGGAUAAAGAGGAGGAGAGCAGGAUUUGUAAAGCCAUUUUCAUUUGCACUGAACAACUGAGGAAAUUCAAUGAUGCCCUCAUCAUCUGUGAAGAUGCCCGCACCCAAGAUGCUUUAGCCUACCUAACAGAAUUUUUCACAAAUGUCAGAAAUGGACCAUUCACAGAGUUAGAGCAGCAUCUGACAGCUAAAUUUCAAGAGAAAGAAGAGGAGCUGAUUGCCCUUUCAAAAGAUGAAUCAAAUGAGAAUCCUAAACUGGAAGAGCUUGCCAGCAUCUUGGAUGAAGCAUACCGCUAUAACCCACAGACCCGCACUCUUCUCUUUGCUAAGACAAGAGCCCUAGUAGCUGCUUUGAAGAAGUGGGUAGAAGAAAAUCCUCUCCUUCGUAGCCAAAUAAAACCAGAUGUUUUGGUGGGGCGUGGAAGAGCGAGACAGGAAACAGGUAUGACCCUCCCAAGCCAGAAGGGUGUAUUGGAUGCUUUCAAAACCAGUAAGAACAACAACCUGCUAAUUGCUACAUCUGUUGCUGAUGAAGGCAUUGAUAUUGCCCAAUGCAACCUUGUUGUGCUCUAUGAAUACUACGGAAAUGUCAUCAAAAUGAUCCAAGUCAGAGGUCGUGGAAGGGCAAGAGACAGCAAGUGCAUCCUUGUGACGAGCAAAAGAGAAGUAGUUGAGAAUGAGAAAUACAACCGUUUUAAGGAAGAAAUGAUAAAUGAAGCUAUUGAAGAGCUCCAGAAGUGUGAUGAGGCAACAUUUACAAGAAAGAUACAUGAACUUCAAAUGGAGGAAAAGAUGUUACGAGAUUACAAGAAGAAAGAUACAAGACCAAAGAUAGAGGAAGGCAAAAAGAAUCUCCUAUGUGGAAAAUGUAAAUCAUAUGCUUGCAAUACAGAUGACAUCAGAGUCAUAAAGGAAUCUCAUCACACUGUUCUUGGAGAAGCAUUCAAGGAGCGUUACAUAACAAAGCCUCAUACAAAACCAUUACAGUAUGAUGAUUUUAUUAAAAAAAGCAAGAUGUAUUGCCAAAAUACUAAUUGCCAGCAUGACUGGGGAAUCAUAGUGAAGUAUAAGACAUUUGAUAAUCUACCAGUGAUCAAAAUCAAAAGCUUUGUUAUGGAAGAUGUUGCAACUGGGACACAAAUGGAUUUUCAGAAAUGGAGAAAUGUUAAUUGUUCUUUCAAAAUUUUUGAUGUUGAAGAAAUGUCUAGCUGAAUUCAGUGUUUUAAUGUAUGUAUCACCUUCCUGCACUAAGCUUAAACAGUGGAUUGUCUCCUAUUUCCUUGUUUAAAAAAAUACUUGUUCUGAACCCUAAUAUAUUAGGUCCUGCCUAUCAGCAUCUUAUAGAUCGAAUAUAGCCAAAAUAUGGCCAAAAAAAAUAAUUGUUAUCUCAUGAAAUCGUGUCCUACAUAUAAUCCUUGCUGUUAUGAAACAUUCUCUUGGAGCCUGGAAAAAAUGAAAUCAAACUGCAUAACUAAAACAUGUUCUUUUAGGCAACAGUCCACAGCUCCAGGUAUUUCUGUAGGCAUUUCAAUUGACUCAGCGGGAUUUAGUAGUUGUAUUGUACCUUUAUGCAGAUAACAUGGUUUAUGUAAAUUAACAGAAAGCUCUACUUCAGCUAUUUAUAAAACUUAUUUUAAAAUACUUCCAAUGCUUUAGAAGAAUUAGAGGAAAUGUCCAAUUCCUUUUCCUUAAGGAUGAGAUUGCAUCUUUUAAGUCCAUUUUUAAUAGGGAAUUCUGCUGCAACAGUCUGGAAAAGCAGAAAAGUGGUUCUGCAUAUUCUGCUUGGAACAGGUUUUUUUUGGAUCAAAACAGUAGGACUGUUUUCUUCAAUCACUGUGUGCUUAUCAAUUUACUAUUGCUAAUGUUGCAGAAUGGAUACCUUUCUUUAUGUUGCUCAACUUCACAAGCCCCAAAGGCAAAAAAAGCACUGCCCUGUAAGAUGGGGUGAAAGCCUAGUUUAAAAAGUGAUUAACAGUGACCCUUAUGUUUUCUCUCAGGAGUUGAUGGUAUUUGAAAAUUUUCAAGGUGUUCACAUUAAUGCUACAGUCCCCUUGCUAUUGGAGAAGAUCUGGAAUUGGAAUAGUUCCUAAGCAUUAGUUUGCUUAAGUCUUCUCCCCACACAAAGCCCAGACUGACAUUGCUACAGAUGUGAUUAUGAACCAUGAAGCUUUGCUAUAUGUAUCUUCAAAGAACUCAAUCUUCAAUGUUUCUGGAACCAAGAUGAAAGGGAAUUUUUCCAUCUACUUUAUACAUUUGAUAGCACUAUAUGAUAUGUACAUUCCUUAUGUAUCUGAAAGACAUCUAUCUUUUUCUGUAAAAGCUCUGUAUACUCUGCAGAAAUCCCUCAUCUCAGCCCUACAGUGACUUACUCUGUGCUUCGUUCCUACUUAGUAAUUAAGUUCAUUGUUCACAUAGUUGCUUCCAAAAAGAAAACACAGAAUAACAGGUAAAGAUGAUUUAUCAUUGGAUAAUGCCUCUUCCUCAUCUCCAAAAAAUGUUAGGAACAAAGAUUUUGAAAAAAAGCUGGUUUAGCAAUUUCAAAUACCAGCUAUAUGGUAAGUCAUAGUCUUUUCUGUAUGGUAGGGCAUGCAUCAGUUUGCUGUAUGAAAAGGCAUUACUUUUGGACUAUUGCAAUAAAAAAUAAUCAGUGUUGA